CAACAAUACACUUUUGUUUUCAGGACAGAAUAUAGUGGAUGGAUUAAGGAAGUGAAGUUUUGUGUUUGUCAACCAGCAAAGCACAUCAAAGUCAAGUUUAGAAGACAAAAAUCCAUCGAGAUAAUGUCACCAAGCGGCGAGAAAUCAUUAAUAGUAGAGAGCUGCAGAUGCUGUCAUUAAACUUAUAGCGACUGCCGAAUAGCUCCAGGUUCCCGAGUAACAAGCGUCGAGAAUGUGAUUUACCGUUUUUAGGUGUCAAUCAUUGAACGCUGGAAUCUGUUGUAUAGACGAUUAGCCUCACAACUCUUUCACAAAGUGCUGAAAAUUUCUCCACAUUACUAUUGCGACGUGAUGGGAAAUCAGACUGGCAUUUUCCUAAUAUCACGGGAUAAUGAUUGACUACAACGACUUUUGUUUUUCUUCACAUCACAUUCUUGCUUUCACUUUGCCUGUGUGCUUGUGAGUUAAUAGAGUGCUUGAUAACAUGACGAAUAGAAAAGGUUUUAUGGUACAGCAGAACACAUUUUUGGACACCAUUGCUACCAGAUUUGACGGAACACACAGUAAUUUCGUCCUAGGUAAUGCAUUAUCCAAUGGAUUUCCCAUUGUCUAUUGCUCUGAUGGCUUCUGUGAACUUACGGGGCAUUCGAGAGCUCACGUCAUGGGUAAAAGCUGCGCAUGUAAAUUCCUUUAUGGAGAAAACACAGAGGAAGAAGGAAAAGCCAAAAUAGAGGAUGCCCUGGAGCAGAAAGAAGAAAUCAAGACAGAGAUACUGCUGUACAGGAAAGACGGUAAUUCUUUUACGUGCCUCCUGGAUAUUGUUCCCAUUAAAAACGAAAAAAGUCAGGUUGUUUUAUUCUUGGUCUCCCACAAAGAUGUGUCUCACGGAGAUGGAAUCAAAGAAAACAGUGACUCGGGAACUGAGGAGCCCCUCUUAAGCUGUAAGCGUUCCCCUGUAAUGGCGGGCUUGGCGGGAACAAUUCAAACAGCCCUGAUGUUUAGUAGUAAUGACCUGGACGAAAGUUCUAAGCGCCUCGUAAAAACACGUUGUCAGGCAGGUGUAGAGCUCCCCUCAAACUGUAAUUAUCAACGACGCCGAAGCCGAGCGGUACUCUAUCACCUCUCUGGUCAGUUUGACAGACACAACAGGGCAAAAAGCAAACUGCAGCAGCUAAAUAAGUUGACAGGAUCGAUAUCAGGGAAAAUGCCUGAAUACAAAGUCCAGGAAGUAAAGAAAUCCAAGUAUGUGAUAUCACAUUACGGCAUUUUCAAGAUCGGCUGGGAUUGGCUAAUACUUCUAUGUACCUUUUACACUGCCAUUAUGGUGCCCUACAACGCUGCAUUUACAGACAUGGAAAAUGACAAUAGCAAAAGCUCCCUGUACUCAGAUAUCGUGGUUGAGAUUAUGUUUAUUAUAGAUAUUGCUUUGAACUUCCGAACUUCUUUCAUUGAUAAGAGCGGCCAUGUUGUUUACGAUGGGCGGCAAAUAGCCAAGCAUUACGUUACUAGCUGGUUUCCAUUAGAUUUGCUAGCUGCUAUUCCAUUUGACUUAAUGUUUUUGCUGAAUAGAUUUUAUAAAUUAAACACAGAGGUCUUACGACAUUUGCUAACAUUGAAAUUAACGCGCUUGCUCCGGUUGGCACGCCUUCUUCAGAAGAUUGACAGGUACUCUCAGUACAGUGGUAUGGUUUUGGCUCUGUUCAUGUCUAUGUUUGCUCUACUAGCUCACUGGUUGGCCUGUGCUUGGUAUUUCAUUGGAGACACGGAGCUGCAGAAUAAUGCCAACUGGACUGUCGGUUGGUUGUAUGAACUGGGUGAAAGAAUAGAACAACCAGUCACUAAGUCGAAUCCUCCUGAUACAUUCACUGCUUACGUCACGGCAUUGUAUUUUACCUGUAGCAGCUUGACAAGUGUAGGUUUUGGAAAUGUCUCAGCCAAUACAAAUCCAGAGAAAAUUUUCUCCGUGUGUGCAAUGCUUAUUGGUGCUAUGAUGCAUGCUGUUGUUUUUGGAAAUGUUACCGCCAUUAUUCAGCGAAUGUACGCCAGACGUGCUAAUUAUCACUCCAAAACCAAAGACUUGAAGGAUUUCUUCAGAACCCAUCAUAUUCCCAAGCCUCUAAAACAGAAGAUGCAGGAGUACCAUCAAACUAUGUGGUCCAUGAACAAUGGCAUCGACACGAUGGAAAUUUUAAAAGAUUUCCCUGAGGAAAUGCGAGGAGAAAUCGCCCUUCAUUUGCAUAAAGACAUUCUUACUUUACCGAUAUUUGAGAAUGCAACACAGGGAUGUCUCAAAUCUAUUUCUCUUCACACCAAACGAGCUUUCUCAGCACCAGGGGAAUUCCUAGCACACAAAGGCGACGCCAUUAAUUACGUGUAUCUGCUAUGCGCUGGAUCUAUGGAAGUCCUCAAGCAAGACAUGGUCGUUGCCAUUUUAGGCAAAGGAGAUCUCUUCGGAACAGAUAUAAAUUUUGACGAUCCUGUUGGAAUAUCCAGUUGUGACGUAAGGUCGCUAACGUAUUGUGACCUUCAGUGCAUUAAUAUGAAGGGCCUUACAGAUGUCUUGGCUCUCUAUCCAGACUUUGCUGAGAAAUUCCAAAAUGAUAUACGUCAUGAUCUGACGUAUAACCUAAAAGAGGGCUUUGACGAAAGUGAGAGUGACUCUGAGUGCAAAGGAGCAGGGAGAGAUUCCAAACUGCCAUCAAUUUCGGAGGACGAAGAAGAAACGGACAGUGACACAGUGUUUACAAACAAAACCGCAAAAAACAACAACACAUACAGCGCCAUUAAACCAAUACGUGGUGGUGAAAGUGAAUCAAUUACCCCGUUAUUAAUGGCGGAAAAACAGGAAGUAAAUAAAAUACCUAAUGGAGAGGUACACAAUCCAAGGGAGGUCCAGAGCCCCCCUUCUAAGAGGAGUAUCUUACCUUCCCGUCGUGUUUUGACCAACAGGGUGGCACAAAGAAGACGUCAGCGACACACAAACUCAACUGAACACCUGCAUGGAAUGGAGAGUUUAUCAAACUCUAUAGGGAAUCUUCAUAAUGAGAUGGAAGGGACGAAAACAAACAUGUGUCAUAUUGAACAGAAUAUGAAUCGAAUAUCUCACGAGGUAUCACACAUCGACACCAGCCUAAAAACUGUGAUCCGCCUCUUGUCCCAAAGUUGCACCUCGGAAUCAUCCUAUUUUCCCGACACCCCGAUGUCGCCGUUGGAUAGGCCACACUUCUCACUGAGCUCUCAUAACAGUGACGAUAUAAUCACUUCAGACAUAGACACUGUGACGGGACAUAAAAAACUGGAAGUUCCGAAUGUCUUACACAACAAACAGAAUAAGUUAGGGAACCGUAGAUACGUUCCUGUGCAUGAUCUGGGCGGUAGUCAACCCACUAUGGAAUCGCUUGAUGUUCCACAAGGGGAAAGCAGGGACAAGUUUUCUUGUGAAAGUGUUUUAAAUGUACGAAAUUCUCAAUCGUCUAACAAACGAAACAUUCUAGGAAAAGGUUCCAAGGUGUAUCGAAGGGCAGCAUCAGAACCUAGAACUUUUAAUAAUUUAAGUGACGCUCAUCGACAAAUGCUGAUCAAGGACGCUUCUGUAGAGGACGUGUCACGGCGCCAUAAUGCGUAUAAAUACCAAAGACCUAGAUCUACUUUUUUAUUGGAAACUAAUGAUCUCUAAGUUUCACCGAGUUGUCACUGCUGUUGGCUCUUUUAUGAAGGGCUUAACUACUGUUAUUUGUUCAUUGUUAUUCAUGUACCUAUCAUUUUUGCUAUUGCAUUUUAUUAAUGUUGAAUUUCAAGAUUAUAAUUAAUUAAAG